AUGCUUCGCAACCACCCUUGCCGGGUGAUCGUAUCAUGGCCCAAGGACCAGAAGAUUGGAUACGACGACAGACCAGCGGCAGGCAGGAUCAUUGACUCACUAAACGUACACCUCGCCAAGGCCAAUUCAGCGACGGUAAACGGGGUAUAUUGGACCGAGGCAGGAAACCUGGUCAUCAGAAUCAAAACACCAGAUCACGCAAAAGCACUAGCUGGCAACUUCGACCAGUGGAGACGACAGAUGCUCAAAGGCGCACAGGCAGCACGGCUGGACAGGAAGAUUCACCAGGUAGUAAUCCAAGGCGCGCUCAUCCGGGACGAGCACGACCAGCCCCUAACGGCAGAUGCAAUUGCCACGCACCUCACACAGGCGACCGAGAUCAAACUCAAUGACUUGGCAAUGCCACCACGGAUUGUCGCAAAACCAGACACACUAAUGACCCUCAACCGUGCCCCAAUCCUAGUGCCACUUCGCGACGAGACCAAGGCCAGUAGGCUCAAAGAAGACCUCAAAUGCAUCAACUGCUCCGGGCACCACGCAUCGACAGAUCUAGCAUGCCCGGUAUGGAUCAAGCGACGAGGUACCGUAAAGGAGGGAGCAAAGACCCCAGGAGGGCGAGCACCCAAAAAAUGGAAUGCUAAAGCAAGCAAGCAAGCCAAUAGCAAAGACAGGACAACCAGCAGCCAGCAAACGCCCAGACUCAACGGGUAUCAACGAAACACCUACCGUCGCGCAGCGAAGCAGGGGCCAAAGGAGAACGAGGGCGACAUUGGAUGA